AUGUCUACCGCCGACUCAUUUGUCCUUCAAUUCGUCUUUGUGCCCUCAAUCGACGCCGAUAUGCGAACCUUCAAAGUACAUCUGGUGUCUGAUGGAUCUCCACAUACUACAGAGCUAUACCGCUUUCACCAUCCAGUUACUGGCCUUAGCCAUGGAUUAACUACCUUUCAUCGCCAAAACCUGACUACCAAUAUCUUUGAGACUGCUGGUCAGAUCGAGUGGUCAUCAGACUACAAUGCUACCGUUCACUUUGGACUGGAAGAGGUUCACAUUCGUGAUCUUAGAAAGGCGAAAAAAUCAAGCAGUCGAUCUCGUCGGUUCAAAGCGGCAGGUUCCGAGUAUAAAUGGAAGAUGGCUUCCGAUUCAGUAGAUCUUUUUUGUGUUGACUCUCGGGGCAAAGUCAUUGCUUCUUGGAACCAAGAACAGUCAAAUUUACUAGUUUCCCCCAAAGGAGAGUCAAUCCUAGACCGAUUAGUUGUCACUUGUUUUCUCAACUUGUGGGCGUUGAGGCAUUUGGGGCAGUGGUGA